CACAGACAGAGGAGGACAGCAAAGCUACACAUGCACAGUAAUAGUCGAGCUGAAACAAGUCUGUUCUCAGAGUUCAAAGGUCGCUCAUCAAGGACUUUCUUCCGGCCAUUAUUUGUUUGACUUUCUUCAUCGAAGUUGAUAGAACUGCAGUUGUGGGUACCAGCCAUGCCGCCUGUCAACCCACAGCAGCAGCAGCAGCAGCAACCAGUGAAUGCUGAUGCCGCACGCAACAACAACAACAACCCAAAUCCGUUACUCAACGUUAGGGACAGGCUUUUUCAUGCGCUGUUCUUCAAGAUAGCUAUUACAUAUGCAAGGGCGUUUCCUCCCUCUGUAAGACGCUUCUUUGAGUUUGCAAUUCUCAUGAAGGCGUUGACAGCCCUCUUUGUCCUAGCGUACAUACACAGCACAUUUUCCCGGACACCUAUUAACUGCUUAGCAGACUACCAGGAACUGUGGCCACGUGACGGCAUCCUUCGAGUAGAGAUAGUUCACAAUCGCACCAGCCCCCAGGCCUUCUCUAUCUAUAACAAGAAAGGACAGACAGACAGUCAGUCAUCCCCGAAUGCUGAUGCAGAUGUAGCGGACCAAAAUGGAGUCACCCUGAUGCCAAUGUUCUGGGAGUACCCUGGUAAAGAUGGCAACUUCUGGACCAAGGAUUCAGAAAACGUCCAGCAUGAAGGCCCAGAGGUAGACCCUGCUCUUGACGAUGCUAAUAUUACCGUCGACAUCAUGGUGCCCGGGAAACCAGUCAAAAAUAUGCAACCAUUUCGUGAAACGGUCUCGGAGUUUGAAAUGUUCACCAGGGCAGUGUGGCCAGCCGAUGAGUAUAUCAUGGAGUAUUCAUUGGAGUAUGGAUUCCUACGCCUCUCAUCAAGCACUAGGGAGAAGCUUGGCAUCCCCGUCAUGGUGGUUCAACUCGAUCCAACACAAGAUGAAUGUUUUGGGGACACAUUGAGUCGGUUCUUCCUGGAGGAAUUUCUUGGAUAUGACGACAUUCUGAUGUCUAGUGUAAAGAGUCUGGCUGAACACGAAGAUAAUAAAGGAUACCUACGCAAUGUGGUGACCGGUGAGCAUUAUCGGUUUGUCAGUAUGUGGAUGGCAAGAACGUCUUACAUCGCGGCGGGCUUCAUCAUGCUAAUCUUCACUAUCUCCAUCUCAAUGCUACUUAGAUACUCACACCAUCAGAUCUUCGUUUUCAUUGUGGAUUUACUACAGAUGCUUGAGAUGAAUACUGCUAUAGCUUUCCCUGCAGCUCCUCUUCUAACGGUCAUUUUAGCUCUUGUGGGUAUGGAGGCAAUCAUGUCGGAGUUCUUCAAUGAUACGACAACAGCUUUCUACAUCAUUCUGAUUGUGUGGGUUGCGGAUCAAUAUGAUGCUAUAUGCUGCCAUACAAACAUCACCAAAAGACACUGGCUUAAGUUUUUCUACUUGUAUCACUUUGCAUUCUAUGCCUACCAUUAUCGCUUCAACGGCCAGUACAGUGGAUUGGCUCUCAUCACAUCAUGGUUAUUUAUUCAGCAUUCAAUGAUCUUUUUUUUCCAUCAUCAUGAGUUACCAACGAUCCUACAACAAGCACGUAUUCAGCUCCUCCUACAACGGAACCAACACGGCGGCAUGCACGGUGCGGGCCUCAAUGCUAAUCUUAAUCUCAAUCUUCAAGACAACACACCCCAAGAUAUACCUCUAGAGGAGCCUCAGGGAACUCCCCAGGGUGGGGCUGAGGCGCAGGCGCACCGUACCCCAGGGAAUGACACCACGCAACCCACGGCCGUCCCUCAAGCACAGCCCACCACCAGACCGACCAUUUGGCAGUUCCAUCUGGGCCCAUUUAGGCGGGUUGCAGCUCAACGUUACCCACCUCAGCCAGCUAGUGCCAGUUACCCGACACCGGCGUCCAGUGCAAACAUUAACAACUCAGUUCACUCAAACAUUCAGCAACAAACUAUGCCUACGACGGAAACUGUACUAAACAGUAAUAGACAAAACAAUGCUAGUGGUCCCGGUACAAGUAACAGUGUCCAUCCCUCCACCACAAGUAUAAACAAUGAGACUGUACACGCUGACACAGCGAUAGAACGGGACUCCAAUAGUAGCAUUUCAAGUUUGCCAGAAAGAAAUUCCGUAGAUAAAUCUCAGCAGCAUUAUAAAAAGGAUACACAAUCAAAUCUUGAUGCCACUGACCGGGAAGCUAGAUUGAGUAAUUCAAUGGACAGUGGAACAAGUGUUUGAGGAGUGAGCCCUCGCUUGAAGCAACUCACAACCUUCAGUGACUAUUAGUACUCAUUGAGUGCAACUACAUGUAUCAUCUAGUGGAUAUAUCUUUGUGACAAUACCGUGCCAGAAUUGUUACCUUUAUGAGUUUGAGUGAUUCGGCUUUGAGUUACUUUUAGGGUCUAUAUCCUAUUUAAUUAUUCCACUUUAUGGUGGCUAAUGCUUAUAAGCGCUCACCUCUCACCACUGUUAACCUGGUUCGAAUCCCCGCCAGGGCCAUGUGUGUGUAGAGUUGUGCAUUGGUUAUCUCCUAUGCCACAAGGGUUUUUCUCUACAGGCCCCCUGGUUUUCCUUCCUCUGGACGAAUCAAACACUGUCGAUCUCCAUCAAGUAUUUUGUGUUGCCAUAUCGGCGACUACGUUGACCAAAAAAAUCGUGCCAGUCAAGACUAUCCAAAUCCAAGUUAUUUAUUGAGCUUUUAAAAUGCAUCUUUUUUUAAAAAUUGUAAUUUUUUUAUUAUUUUUCAUCAAACAAGCAUAACUUGUAAAUAGAUUUGUCCCUUUCAUGAAAAUUUCAUAGAGUUCCUCUAAAUCUUAGCUGUCGUAAAAUUAUCAAAAUAAAUUAUAAUUCUCUCAAAACAUUAGGACUGUGUAAUAUUUUGUCUAAACAAAUUUGUUCAAAUUGGUUUACUUAGUCUACCAAGCGAUUAAAUGUAAGCUUGGGCGAUAUCAUGAUAUUAUCGAAUAUCGCGAUAUUAAUUUGGAAACGAUUUCGAUAUCGGAUG